CGGAGCAUAGUUUUCUAGUUCUGUUUUGCGUAGCCGGUACGGAUGGACUUCGACAACGAGUCACUGCUGCGAUGCUUUUGCUCCGAAGAGGAGGAACAGGAGAUCAUUUCCUGGAACAAAGAAAACGGUCAUGCUCGCUCUGACAUUUUUGAAUUUAGACUUGAAGAAGCAGACAAGCUGAGAGAGGAGGGCAAUGAGUUCUUUAAAUCUGGGAACUUUGACACUGCCCGUCAGCGCUACUACGGGGCCAUAUGGCAUCUUGACUUUGACAUUGGCCAGCAAUGGAACCUCAUGGACAAGCAUCAGCUUGACCUGAACACCAGGAAGCUGAAGGUCAUCAGCAACAUUUGUGGUGCAUAUCUCAAGUCAAACGACUGGUUGAACACAAAGAAGGCAGCUGACAUUGGGCUCAGACACCUGGAGAAAGCUGAGCUGAAGGACCCCGAUGCAAGAGGCAAGUUCCUUUACAGAAAAGGUUUUGCCAACUUACAGCGUGGCUUUGCAGAGGAUGCAUACACAUCCCUCAAAGAGGCGGAUUCUUUGAUUCCUGGCGACAAGCAGGUUCGGCAAGCACUCAAGGAAGCUGCGGAGCACCAAAAAGCUGAUCGGCAAAAGGCUAAAGAAGUUUGGCGCAGCAAGUUAUUGUCGGAGGAGGAGAAAGCUUGUCAGGGCUCCUGGACUGAGCCUGCUGUUGCAUCCGCCCGGCUGAAGUUCACCUUGCGCCGAUGCUGUCGGCGGAAGACACAGUGAGCGAGACCUCGGGCGUUUCAGGCGUUUCAGUGGUCCAAAGGCACCGAGACUUCGGGCCACCGACGGUUCAAAGACCACACGCCCCUUAGGCGAAAGGACUUUUCAAAGACCACGAGACGGUGCGGGAUUUCCGCUCAGAAAGA